AUGGGCGCAGACUAUGCUAAAGUGUCAGUCAUUCAAGGCCCUGUGCAUUAGCUGUUCGUGGGUACUGACUCGGGCGAAGCUCCUCGCCGAACGAACAUAGUCAUCUGUGGUGGACGAUUCCGCCGGCGCUGCUGCUCUGGAGGGGUCUUCGGCGUUUACGGACGAGACGUGAGGUGAACAAGACGACUGCGUUGAUUCUUGUGAGAGAAUCACUGUGGGCUUCAUUCUCAUGCAGGAGGUGGAGCUGACUCUUGUCGUCGAGUCGAGCAGAUUGCCAUAACUGUAAGAGGUGCUCGACCGACUCGCUGAACGCGUGAGGCCUGGCUGUUUCGAAAUGCCCACAAGCAAGUUCUCACCUAUGCAGGCGACCAUACCUUGGGAUUCGUAUCUCAUCCGUAACGGGGUGAGCGUAUCCAUCUCCCGUGGAUGGCAUCCAUCCCCUGUAGAUACUCGGCUAUGAAGGAGUCGCACUGAGACGGCUUCGGUUUUGAAUCCACAGAUCUGGUCGUACCCGCCCUCGUCAUGCCUUGGACCCACCCUCGCGUCCAUACCGAUCGAGGAGGUUUUCUUCUUCUUCAUUCAAACCUACAUCACUUCUUGCAUCUACGCUUUGUGCUCUAAACCCGUUCUACACGUUCUCCUCCUGCCGAGAUCCACCAAGGCCGCCGAUCGGGUUACCCGAAUCGCAUCAAUCGGAAUGAUGGCCUUUCUUGGGGUGACGGCCGUCGCUGUCGAUCAACUCCGUCGGGGAGGGGAGUGGACCUAUAUGGCCCUCAUCGUGGCAUGGGUGUCCCCCUUCCUCGCAUUGUUAUGGUGCGCGCAUGGCUACCACAUUCUGAUUGAACUGGGAGGGGUAACAAGUCUGCUCACCUUUUUUUUGGCCUUUUUCGCAUGUGUAGGGGCGUCGCAUCUUCCCACAUCAUCGCUCUUCCGCUCUACGCUACCUUGAUACCAAUUUUUCUCCCGACGGUCUAUCUGUGGGUCUGCGAUGCCCUCGCUCUCCAGAGAGGGACAUGGGUAAUUGAGCGUGGAACAAAGCUCGGCGUCGCCGUCUAUGGCCUGGAGAUUGAGUGAGUUGCACAUGACAAACGCGCAUAGCUUUCUUAUAAUGCUGACCGCGUGAACUUUCCGAACUACACAGGGAAGCCGUCUUCUUCUUGCUCACCAACGUCAUGGUCGUUUUUGGGCUCGCAGCUUGGUGAGCCACAGCCGACCUCAGCCGAUCGAGAGUUAGUUCCAAAGCUGACGAUGGGGGGACGUUCGAAGUGAUCAUUGCCUCGCCAUCUAUGACGCGCCUUCAAAUCAGGAAUUUGAGAGGACAUGGAAGCAACGACCUAUACUUGGAUUGAUGCGAACAGUGGUGACACGUCCCCAAGGCCUGCCUCACGAUCGGCUCGCCGACCUCAGUGCUGCGGUGGGUUUACUUCAUGAGAAAUCAAAGAGCUUUUACACUGCGAACUUUGUGUUCGAAGGACGACUUCAACUCAAUCUACUGUCACUGUAAGUAUUUGCUUCACGAUAUCGUCAGUGCGGUCCCGGGCUCGCCUGAUUUGGUGUGAUUGACACUUGUAGAUACGCGUGGUGUCGCGUUGCCGAUGAUCUUGUGGACGACGCUAGCUCCAACGAGGUUGCAACGAGAAACAUCUCCUUGAUCUCGGCCUACCUCGAUACCAAGUACCCAAGCUCUACAUCCCAAAGCCACGUCGAUAGUGGCAGCUUUAUUGAUUUGUCAUCGGAAAGGCCAGAAGCGAAAAAUCUGUGUGGAAUACUGGAUCCAGCGCAACGGGCGACGUUCAGACUGCUGCUCGAUCUCCCUAUCACUCGAGGCCCCCUCAACGAGCUUCUUCACGGAUUCAAAACCGAUUCUACAUUUUCAAGAGACAACUCCGCGCCACUAAUUGCGGAUGAAGACGCUCUACUUCGAUACGCUUCCGACGUCGCCUCCUCGGUCGCCGACUUGUGCAUGCAACUCGUUUGGGACGAAUUUGGUCAAUCGGGCACGAGCAGCGACCGGCAGCGCAUACUGGUUGCCGCCCGAAAAAUGGGCCAAGCUCUACAGCUCGUCAACAUUGCCCGAGAUGUUCCUGCAGAUGCCAAGAUCGGUCGGGUGUACCUGCCUCGACUGCCACUCGCCUCUCUCGAGCGCAAAGGUGGCAUGGAGGAUGCAACCGACGCACGUCUGCGUUUACUCGCACUUGGCAAGGACAUGGCCGAAGAAACCCGCGAGACGAUUGACUUGAUUCCAUUCGAGGCCAGGGGCGGGAUCCGAGCGGCAUGUGCCGUCUACAUGCGCAUUGGUCAAGCCGUAGAGGAGUCAUUGAGAAGAGGCGACGUGCACGGUCGAGCAAGAGUCUCGGUAUACGACCGUGUCAACACCGCUUGGAAAUCUUUGAAUGCUUGGAAUUGA